CUCCGUAGGACUCCGACGCGCUGUAAAAACGUCACUAAAAUGGGCGAGAUAGACGCAUUACCCAUGGAUACAGACGCUGCCUUGUCUGAACUUGCAUGUCUCGGUUUUGGCGUGUUUGAAAAGUGAGCGAAAUAUGCUAAAGUGUUCUGUAGUUCCCUGCAAACAAAAAAAAUACGUCGCUAAUUUGAAGUUUCGUCUCUGAAAACGGAGUGGGUUGGAAUUAGGAUUAUCAAGUAACUCUGUAGAUUCUACUACCGCUCUGAAAGCUCAACAUAGCUGGAUACCAGAAGUAUGAUAAUAGAACUAAUGUUACAGUUUUUGUGACGUGAACUGUUAAUUCUUUUAAAAAUCGUGGUUUAUUCUAUGGGGAUGCUUGCUUUGUUGUAGGUGACGAGUCUAAAACAGAUGAAAGUACAGUAUAAACGCCACACAUACAGCUGUUAGAAGUCCUGAAACGUGUUGACGGUAGUUUGGAACCAGGCUGUCUCUACAGCAGCAAAAAUGUGUCCCUGUGUGAACGACUGUCGGCGUAUUUCAAAUGCCAGCAUAUGUUCUGUGCGUCUGUAAGUGUCUUUUCUCUUCACGACUGCCUGAUUGCUGGUGGCACUGUCCCUGCAGAAGGCCGUGCUUAUGUGGAAGCGCAGUGACACUCGGAGCUCGGCGCUGGCCAGAGCUCAGGCACAGUUGUCGGGCCAGCGGGUGUACAGCGCGCCCAGGGAUACCAAGGAUGAGCUCCAGGAAUACAUGGAUACACUCAUGAAAAAAACGAGCUCUUUGAAAGAGCAACACACGCUCUUCCAGGACCUGAGCGAUGUCUCCAUCGAUGACGCCGAGAGUGAAACAAAAGAAAACGCAGUUGGAGCGCAGCGGCAAGCGGCGGAGCUCGAAAGGCCGUCGGGGGCCAGCAGGUUUUUGAAGAAAGCCCCGCAGUCCGUCAGGAGCAGUCAGUCCCCCACGCCGAGCAAGGCCUCCACGCAGGCGAAAUGGCACGAGCGCGGCGGGGCUGGGUCAUCGCAGAGCGCAGCGCUCAACCGACUGGCGCUGAUCGAGAGCCGGAUCAGGAACCGCAAGCUGGCCAGGGAUCGCCCGGACUCCGAUAAAGACGUGCUGACUUCGGAGGAGAAGCCCCUUUCUGGCCAGUCCAGCAGUGAGCUCAGUGCCCGGGGCAGCAGGUUUCUGAAGAAGAAAGCGCCCCUGUCUGACAGCGCAAACCAGCGGAGCAUCCCGGGCCCUCCUGCGCUCAGGAGGGUUGGUAGAUCUGUCAGCCUGGACAGCGACGAGGAGGACAUGAAGAAGCUUCUCGGGGGUUCUCCCGAAGCACCCAAGGCAAAGAUCACAAAGGAUUCCUGGCUGUCUUCCCAGGAGAGUCCUCCUUCAGUCAGAAAGUCUUUCCUGAAGAGCAAUCGACCAGUCCUACCGUUGUCGCCCUCCUCCCCUGGCAGAAAGACCCUGUUCGCAGGCCUGUCCCGUUCCCCCUCCCCGCCAAGCCGGGGAUCCCCAAGACCGGCCGGCUUUAGGGCCCAGCUGCGGAGCCCCUCCCGCUCCCUGUCUCGCUCCUCUAUGGGGGUGGUGUCCGGAGCCCCCUCCCCUUCACCCCCAAGUGGGCCCUCCCCUCGCCGAGCCGGCUCGCCCCGAUCCGGGUUCCCGAGGCGCUCCUUGUCGUCUCUGUCUGCGAGGAGUGAUGUCAGGUCCUUGGACGAGCUCUUCCCAGAUGCAUCAGAAUCCGAUGACGCGAUCAGUGAGAAGAGCAAAGAAUCGGAUGAUUUCAGGAUAAAUAUCCUGACCUUGGAUGACCUUGUACCAGCAACUUUAGGAGAACCUGAGAAACCAGAAGAAAAAAAAGAGAAUAAGACUGGGAGGAGAAAAACCAAAGACAAGAAGACUGAAUUCUCUCAAGCUGUGAAUAUAAGGCUUGUUGAUGAACCUUCGAAUACAGUUGAAACUCCACCUACAGAGGUGAAUGCUGAGUAUGAGAGCGAUUUUGAGAGUGAGAUCAGGACAGAGACUGAAAAGAGCAUUAGUGAAAUUUCUGAGCGUCUUGGGGAUGUGUCUGUGGCCAGUGAAGUUCAGGAAGACAGUUCUGAAAGAUCACAACAGGAAGACUGGACUCGGGGUUCUGGAAGUCCGUCUGAGACGGAUACGAGAAUGGAACAAUCCUUUUCUUCCUCCUUCUCCUCCCCCGCUCCUCAGUCUGAAGUGGACAGAAAGAAAGCUGAUCUCUCCUGCAGGCAGGGUGUAUAUUCAAGAUCAUCUGCCUCUUCCCCCUCUGCAUCUGGCUCUGGGACGCUCACCCCACCCCAUGAAACACAGUCACCCCACCAACGCAAGGCAGUGAAGGAUACUGCUGUCCAGACACAGUUUGAUGGGCUGUCCUACAGCUGGUCUAACGGAAUGGCAGUUUUGGGCCCUUCUAUAGGAACGUCUCAUCUAGAUCCCACUCCUGUUGCAAGCCAUGUUGUUAGUGCCGAUGCUAUUGAAGCUCUCACAGCGUACAGUCCAGCUGUGUUUGCCCUGAAUGAUAUGCUGAAACAGCAGCUAGCCCUCACCAGGCAAUUCAUAGAUAACACCAGGCAUCUUCACACAUCUCUGCUUCAGUCCCUGGGACCUGCACGCUACCGCUAUACAACUCUAGAAGAUACCAAAGAGUUCAUACAGAGUCACAAGUCCCCUCCAUUGACUGUUGAACAGGCUCUGGAAGAGGUGCUCCAGGAAAUGAGAGAGUAUCAUUACCUCUGAUCUGCAGAACUGUAGAAAAUGACAUCCUGCAAUUUUACAGUACAAAACAUGAUGCGAGAUGAACUCAAAUUGCCUCAAUAAAAAAUGCCCCCAUUAUAAAUGUUGGCAGGUUCAACUCUUGCAAUGGAAUGUAAGUUGUCUGGAAGCUUAAUGUAAACAAAUGAGUAAUUAACCAGGAUCAAAUCAACCUGCUUUGUAAUUUAAAAUUGUGAAAUGUACUGUACACUUAAAGAAGCAUUUGCUUUACUCUAAUAGAAAUAUUUUUGUAUAAAUAAGCUUUUGUAUCAAGUUUACUGGCUUUAAAAAAGGCAAAAUUACCAUCAGAUCAUUGUUUUCAUUGUCUAAAGGAUUUCUCAGUAAAUUGAGAUGCCGGGGGUUAAAACAGAUUUCUAGGACACCGUAAAUAUUAUGCUACGUUUAACAUAUUCAAAAUCAUCCAGAUAGUACAAUUCAAUAAUGACUCUCUCUUCUCUGAUGAAUUAAUGGCUGUAAUGGAAUGUUAACAUUAGAGCUCAGUCAUGACUCUUAACUACCUAUAUACAUCCUCAGGGAGAUGGGGGCAGUAAAUAGUAUGAAGUUAAAAGAAACGCAGAUUGUCUCAUAUAAGUUUCCUUUUAUUAUUGGCUACUACAACCUCAUGCCAUUUAGUAAGCCAUGUCAAGCUGUGACUUUACAAUAUCAGUUCUGAAUGAAAAAAGUGAUCUACGCACAAAACUGUAACUGUUUAAAUCAUAACCAUCUUUUUUGUUCCCCUUGAACAAAAUCCAAAAGGAUUACUCUCUAAAAUGUAAUAUUAAGCAAUGGUGAAUCGUGAAAGACCGACUGUAGUAACUGAGAACAAUUAGCAAAAAAAAACAAUACAUUGUUCAAAAUCUACCGAUUUACUUAUCAUUGCUAAAAAAAGGUACUGUACAUUGUUAUAUCCAGAUCACAACCAGACUUAUAUGAGUUGAAAUACAGAAUUAAAAUACAAUCCCCUUGUGUUUGUACAGACAAAAAACGGUGGGGUGGGGACUUUUCACAUUUUCACCUGGGAAACAUUUUAAAGAUGGGAGAAAAAAUAUUGCUGGAACCUCAGUGAUCACUACAUGGAAAAAG